ACUGCAGGGACUCCUCCCCUCCCUCUGCAGAGUUGGGAGCCCAGUUCCCCCCUCCCGUUUGUGAGACCAGCUCGCUUUGACAGCCAACACUGGCGCAGAGUCUCAGCCUAAAUCUUUACCACAUUUUCUAGCAUAGAGCGAAAACUCAGACCGACUCUUUUCACUCAUCCUCUUCCGGAGAAAAGCGCUGGAGCGGCCUCGUCUAGAAUGGGGAACAGAGACGACGAAUACGAUUUCUUGUUCAAAGUUGUGUUAAUCGGUGACUCAGGCGUAGGGAAGAGCAACCUGCUCUCUCGAUUCACGCGGAACGAAUUCAAUCUGGAGAGCAAAAGCACCAUUGGUGUGGAGUUUGCCACACGCAGCAUCCAGGUGGAUGGCAAGACGAUAAAGGCUCAGAUCUGGGACACGGCAGGACAGGAACGCUACAGAGCCAUCACUUCGGCAUACUACAGAGGAGCAGUGGGAGCGCUGUUAGUGUACGACAUAGCCAAACAUCUGACUUACGAGAACGUGGAGCGCUGGCUGAAGGAGCUAAGGGACCACGCCGACAACAACAUCGUCAUCAUGCUGGUUGGCAACAAAAGUGACCUGCGCCACCUCAGAGCCGUGCCCACAGACGAAGCCCGCGCCUUCGCAGAGAAGAACAAUCUGUCAUUCAUAGAAACAUCAGCCUUGGACUCAACAAAUGUUGAAGAAGCCUUCAAGAAUAUCCUAACAGAAAUAUACCGCAUCGUAUCACAAAAACAAAUAGCUGAGCGGUCUGCCCACGAUGAGUCCCCUGGGAACAACGUGGUGGACAUCAGCGUUCCACCGACCACCGAUGGCCAGAGGGGGAGCAAACUACAGUGCUGUCAAAACCUGUAACCCAUGGCAACAGUGCCAUUUCACCUGGGUCAAUUAUUAGUUGAAAUCCACAGUGUCCAUAUGGUUUCAUUUACCCUAGAUGCAUCUUUAUCUGAAUCUGCUUCUUCUUCUUUUUUUAGUAAUUUGAAUCGGUUCCAUCAUGUUACAAAUGAUGAGUCCCAGAGAGAAUAGUUGGAUUUCAGUUAGUAAUCUGGCCCAGGUAGUGUCUGGUGCAAAAACAGGACUGAGGGAACAACAUAUGCAGCUACCACCAUGAGUGAAGCCUGAUGGCAUAGCGGUGGAGCCUAAUAUGAAACCGUGUAAGUCUAGACGUCUGUUUGGUAGAUGGUUAUUGCUGCAACCUGGAGCGGCUCGGGUUUUAAACCCUCACCCGUAUCAGCAGUCCUGCUUUUGGGCUUCUCUCCUAGUUCAGUCAUCAUCUCCAAAGUGGUUGUGACGCUGCUGAUGCUCAUUUCAUUUUGUGUAAAAUAUGUUCUGUUUUGUUUUGAUAGCUUGCUCACAUCCAUUAUAUUAAUGCCAUGAAAUUAAAUAUUAAAUUUUACAAUAUUG